UCCUGGGGGCGUGGUGGAUACUGAAACUCUCUCAAGCUACUUGUGCCUUUGUCUCUGCUCAGGUGUUUCCUACAUUGCCCCCCACCUCAACAACCUCUACUUCCUGUCCCUCUGCCGCCGCUGUGGGGUUUACGCUGUGGUGCGAGGACUCUUCUUUCUGAAGUUGGCUCUCAGUGUUGUCAUGCUCCUGGCAGGACCUGAUCAGGUGUACCUGCUCUGCAUCUUCAUUGCCAGCAACCGGGUGUUCACAGAAGGGACCUGUAAGCUGCUCAACUUGGUGGUGAGUGACUUAGUGGACGAAGAUCUAGUCCUGAACCGUAGGAAGCAGGCAGCCUCAGCGCUGCUCUUUGGGAUGGUGGCUCUGGUCACCAAGCCGGGCCAGACCUUCGCCCCUCUGGUUGGCACCUGGCUGCUCUGCGCCUACACAGGCUAUGACAUCUUCCAGCGCAACCCCUUGAGCGACAUGGUGAGUGCCCAGCCGAGGCUGGAGUCUGCCGCGGCCUUGGAGCCAACCCUUCGCCAGGGCUGCUUUUACCUCCUCAUCUUUGUACCCAUCACAUGUGCACUGCUGCAGCUCCUCAGCUGGUCCCAGUUCAGCUUGCACGGGAAGCGGCUGCAGAUGGUGAAGGCUCAGCGCCAAAGCCUGAUGCAAGGCCGAGCACCAGAGAUCAAGACUAUUUAGGGGUGCCCGAGCCCCUGGGGUGUUG